UCAUUAGGUUUUUGUAGCACAAGUGAGUGAACUAUGGUGUAAGACACGAACGAUAAGGCGUUUGGGGGAUGUGCCCCCUGAAAUGUGUGUUAGGGGAUGGGGGAAAUUCCUCCGACCAAGCUGGGAAUGAAGGAACGUAUUCCAGGGGCUCUCCCAUAGCUCCUUGUUAACGGAAUGGAGCUGCACCGGAGACGUUUAGAAAUAAAGUCUAAAUCAAAGUUCAAAAAGAAACAAAAAGAUGGUUGUAGCAAAUCACACUGCAAAGACGUAAUAACCAAAGAUUGUGAAGAUAAAGAACCAACUGAUCUUGGUUAUAACUACGACAACGAAAACAGUUCCUCAUUUCAGCAAGAAAGUGGUGCAGCUUAUCUUGUUCCAAAGCAUCACCAAAAGUUACAUUGGGGGCUCGACACAAAGGAAAGGUGGGAAAGAAAAGCAAACAUGUAAAUAUCAUUUGCUGAUGUUUAAUUUGAAACUGGAAGCACUCUGAAAGUGGUCUCUCGAGCUUAGUGGAUGUAGCUGAAAGCAGAUCUACCUUAACAAGAUUGGAUUUCUUAGAUCUUGAGAAACAUAUUCAACAUUUUUAUCCGGGACUUUAUUUGAUUAUGAAGUGAUUAAUUAAAAUGAAAAAUGUAAUAAAGUGUACUUCUCACACAAGAAGAUUUUGUAAUGAUCUUUAAGGAAUACAUUUCAAUCAAUCAUGACAUUUGCUCGUAA